AUGGUCUUGUUGCCCUUGAUGCUCACCAUGGCGCUAUUCAGUAGCCUGCCUCUCUCAGUGAUCCUCGCAGGCUUGUUUCUCGCUUGGCUUGCUGAUGCUCAAACCGUCUAUGUCACCCAGACAGUAUUUACAGCAUGCGAGUGCUCUGAGUCCUCGUCGCAAUCCUCCCUGUUGUCAUUUGACAUUCCGGUAGGUAGCAUUGAGGCCCUUCAAGACCUCACGGCUAAUCAAACAAAGCCACUUACAAUCCCCACCGGCACCCCUGGCACGGCUUCUACUCCCGCGGUCGUCUCAAUUCUCGGAGGUUCGACGCCUGUGAUUGUUGUGCCUUCGCUUUGGACUUCAACUCUGACGGGCACUUUCCCAUCUCCUGGUGCUCCGUCGUCUGCAGCUCCAGCCCCAAUUUCUCUCUCCAUCGUAUCCUCGCCAUGGUCGGGGCCGUUGUCAAGUCUCCUAUCGAAUCCACCAGUGUCGACGUCCGCAGUACCCACGGUUGCUUCUGCAAUUUCUCUAUCCGGUGGCCUCGGACCACUGCUGUCCUCAAGCAUUUCAAAAGCCUUGACUGGAGCGUCUGUCAUUGGUUCUGGGGUUCCCGGCACCGACACAAGUAUCGAGGUGAUCUCGUCAAUGAUCGCCCCGACUGCUGCUUCUUCUGCCUUGACCACUUCAGGAAUCCCGGAAGCAUUGCCUGCGAAUCUUAGCCUCGACAGCGCCGAAAUGUCCCUUGCAUCGUCUGCGGCAUUGAUCAGUUUUGGCACUUCUUCACCCGCUGUCAUCUCAACAAUUCUACCUUCCAGCCUCACACUGGGAACAUCUUCGCGGAUCUUGACGACCUACUCGACCGUUGCUUUGAACGGUCUGUCGUUGACUGGUGUCACAGUUCUUGUUCCGCGCUCGCCAACGUCGUGCUAUGCACUCCCGACACCCUCGGCUUCAAUGGAUUUGGUCGCUGUAGCGGUCACUCCUCAAGACACAGUCGACUUGACCAAUCCCAUGAUUCUUUCGUUCGGAGAAAAUGCCACCAAUCCUCGAUACAUAGGAGCAUUUGCCAGUGGAGAAUCAUACAUUCUGGACUUAUCUCCAGACAAUCCUAUCAGUGGUCAGCUUGGUUUACAAAUACCAGGAGACAACGCGCUCGUGUUUGAGGGAUCUGGAAUGUCAUUAUACAAGGGAAACUGCAGCUUACUCUCGGAGGUAGUGAUCGACAAUUUCUACAGCCAAGUCGGUGCCAUCGGUGGAGCUGGUGCCAAGCACGCGUCAGCUGUGAUGGUCGAAAAGAGACAAGAUGCCUUGAACUCAAGCACGUUCACCGUCGAUAUAUCUGUCGACAAUUAUUUGAACACGCCUGAUUUCAGCCCUAGCCUAAGCUUCGGCAACUCUCUAUGUACUGUGGUGUCGAACGCUAUGGGCAGGACUGUGGACAACAUUACUUGGUCCUGUCUGUAUCCUCCACCCGAAGGUGGCGCGUCGGCUUGUGCAGCCAGGCUCAGUACGUGGCUGAGUGACAUCAACUCGCCAUCCACCGCUCCUCAGAACACCACUGAGGUUCUGGCAACGCUGAGUCCGUUCCUGGCACUGGCUGGCGACUCUCUUACUGAACUGUUCCCUGGCGCAGAUCCCGCUCUUGGCCUUGGUUUCGCGUUCAUGAGACAGGUUGAAAAUGCAGUUAAAGAAGCAGUGGGUGAUGUUGGAGCGGCGGCGUGCAACGUCAUGCACGGUUUCGACUCUGAUGAUCUCGUCAUUGAGGACAGUGGGCCACUGGGGACCAAGACCCUCGGCUCAUUUAUCACCGCUCCGCCACCUUCUCUGGCUAUCAAUCUCGCCGCAUCUGCAACGGCAUCGAUUGUCGAACUCCCACGCCGUAAGGCUAAUCCAACAGACAAUUUCCUGUUACAGAUCGCAACGGACUUCAAGUCUCUGUUCGCCCCAUUCAAUUCGUGGCUUCAUGGUCUUCCCACACUGGGCAUAUUUGGCAUUGAGGAGACAGGCAUGGUUCAUAUUCCAAUGCCAACAACGACUUACGCUCUCACCGCCACUGCUUCGACGACGACUAUGGCUUCCGCGCACGGUAUGGCCCAUAUCGAAGUGCCUACCCUUACGGUGACGCAUGUCCUCGGCGAAGGAUGGUUCUCCCCGAGUACCUAUGUAGUCGGUCCUGGCACGACCCCGAGCUUAGGAUUCCCGGCCUUCGACAUGCAUCGGUUCGCCAGUGACAUCAGCUCUAGUGUUACAUCUCCUUCCCUCGCCAGCUCAUCAUCAGCCAACAUCAUUGACAAUAUAGCAGCCCAUUUGGCGGCGAUGGAUGGUGAUCCAGGUGUACGGGCGGAAUGGCAUGCGGAUUGGCCAAGCCAGCUUCUUGACCAGGGUGGAACCACGACUACCACGGGAGCCGCAAUGGGCUAUGACGGACAUAUUGUCUUAGUCACGACUACCGUUACUGAAUGGAUGGGUUCCGGUGGUGACUGA